UGGGAAGGCGGAAGUGUUUUUGUUGAAUCAUGGGAAUCCGUGAUUUUCUCCACGAUCAAUUCACCGUAAACUAACAGCUGUCACUGUCUAUGUUACAAUCUCACCAAGCCGAUCCAUGAUAAACUGAACACUUUGACAAGCAUGACACUGUCAUUAACCAUUCAAGGGAAAAAACGAUAACAGGUUCAGACAACAGUGCACAGCAUCCAGUAACAGACAUUGACAGGGAGAGAGGACAGUCACCCACCUAACCUCAAUAUCUUCCUCCCGUCCUUGUGAAGACAUGUCAAUACACACGUGCGUUAUUCCCGCGGUGUUGGCUUGUGUUGUAGCAGUGAUUGCAGGACAUAGUAUCGGUGCUGAAAAUGUAGCACAUAGUAUCAAUACUGCAGAUGACAGCCCAAAGCCAACUGAUGGAGAGGUGGGGGACGCGAAGACGAUGGAGAUUAAGAUGAAGGGAGCACAUCCAUCCUCGCCGGAUUCCUACCUCUGUUCAAGCUACAGUUUGGAUGACUUGGCUGCGGACGAGAACUACAUCGUUCAGUUUGAGGCAAUGGCGGAUGUGAAGACAGCUCAUCACAUCCUGCUGUAUGGCUGUGACGGGGAACCGGCCAGAGACACGGACAUAUGGAGGUGCCCCGCAGUGUGCCAGGGACGUGCGGAGGAACAGAUCAUAUUCGCCUGGGCCAAGGCUGCUCCACCCACCCGCCUACCUAAAGAUGUUGGUUUUCGAGUGGGUAGAGCGUCUUCCAUCAAGACUAUAGUGCUACAAGUACACUACAAGCAUAAGUUCAGUGAAACUACACCACGGGACUACUCAGGGAUACGUAUCUAUCUUACUCCUAAAAGACAAAAGUAUGUAGCAGGCAUACAUCUGAUGGCGUCCUACAGUAUUGUGAUCCCCCCAAACACACCCAAGACUCACUCCGACAUCAGCUGUGUGUACCGAGGCCCCAAGCCUAUGCACCCCUUCGCCUACAGGACCCAUGCUCACAGUCUAGGAAAGGUGAUAACUGGCUAUGUCUUCAACAACACCUGGUAUGAAAUUGGCAAGGGCAAUCCACAGUGGCCUCAGGCAUUUUACCCAGUCAAUGGCUCCUUCGUUGUGAACCCGGGUGAUGGACUGGCUGCGCGAUGUACCUUUGAUUCAACAGGAAGAAAUAGGGUCACAAACAUUGGAGCUACAGGAGCUGACGAGAUGUGCAACUUCUACAUCAUGUACUACACCGACUCCAGCGUCAAGAUGCCCUCGGGGCAGUGUGGUGGCAACAUGCAACCCAAGCUCAUCGCCGACAUCCCUGACGACUCGGACGUCCCCCUGCCCCCCAACCCGGACCUUGAGGAGGAAGCUAAGGGGCAUCAUCAUCAUGCAGCCAUGGCGACCCAGGCGGCACAAACCGUGGACCAGACAGACCAGCCAGUCGACCUCCCGGAUCCACUGGUGUUUGACGCCUCAUGGCCGGCACAGCAACUGACCCUAGGUCAGAUCGGAGGUAUGGCCACGGACAAGGACGGAAAUGUGUACAUCUUCCACAGAGGCAGUAGACAGUGGGACAGCAACACAUUUGACAUCAACAACAAGCUGAUCCCAAAGGAUCCCAUACCUGAGAACGUGGUCAUUAUCCUUGACAAGAAGGGCAAGCUGGUCCGGCAGUUUGGCAGCAACCAGUUCUACAUGCCUCAUGGUAUAGAGGUGGACUCCAAGGGCAACAUCUGGCUGACUGACAUCGGCCUGCACCAGGUGAUGAGAAUCCCCAAAGGUACCUCAGCCCCAGAUCUGGUCCUCGGUAAACAAUUUGAGCCAGACAGCGACAACGAACACUUCUGUAAGCCAGCAGAUAUCGCAGUCCUUGAAUCUGGGGACUUCUUUGUGGCAGAUGGCUACUGUAACAGCCGUGUGCUCAAGUUCUCCGCCAAUGGCACCUUGUUGGAUGAGUGGGGGCAGGCUGACUUCACAGACAAUGGUGAUGCUGAAGCACCCCAAGGAGUGUUCAACAUCGUCCACAGUGUCACCGUGGCAGAGGAUAAGAAGCUGGUGUGUGUGGCAGACCGGGAGAAUGGACGCAUACAGUGCUUUGAUCUAGAUGGAAACUUCCGAUUCAUCAUCAAGAAUGAACAAAUGGGUCCUCGCGUGUUUGCCAUCGAGUACUGCCCUCUGCAUGGCGGAGUCCUGUUUGCUGUGAAUGGGCCCACCUAUGAUGGAAAGAUGGCCAGAGUCCAAGGGUUCACCAUAGCCCUGGCCACAGGGGACUUGCUGCAGACGUGGGACGUCCCUAAUGGGCUACAGAACCCCCACGAUGUCACAGUCGACUCCACAGACCACGCUGUGUAUGUGGGAGAACUCGAUCCCCACAAAGUGUGGCGCCUCAGCAUGAAUGCCCCCAAGAAGACAGACACAGUCAUUGAUGUGCCUGAUAAGAAAGGUUUUGCUGGGAAACCCAAGGACACUAGUGACAUGACAGGGACGAUAAUACCCCCAAGUGCAGGCACCAGCAACAGUUCAGGGGAGAUAACUCAGGAGAAGAAGAGUGCCGAGGACAAAAAGUCGGACUACAUGCCCUCCAUUAUCAUCGGUGUGUUGUUGAUUGUUCCGGUGGUGUUGCUGCUGGUCGUCACUGUCAUGAUCAGGCUACACCAUUCAGGUAAAAUAUCCUGUUUCUCAGGCAAGAAACAAAAGGUGUUUAGUCUUCAGAGUUUCCUUGGUAACUCUCACAAGGGUUUUGAUCGACUGAGCACGGAAGAGAGUGACCAUGAACUUGACCCUCUUGAUGACUCAGACCAGGAAGAGUACACUGCCCCUAGUAAGAAGCAGAGGAUGUGCAGUGACAUUGUAAUGAAGGAGAAGUACAGGAUGGAUGCCCCCUCUGUGAUGGCGCUGUACAGAUGUGUGUUGUUCCUGGCCAUUGUGGCACCAGGCAUAACGCUUCCCGACACGACCACACCCAGACGACGGCUGCCCAUGGAUACCAGAAUGUUUGAAAUCAGGAUGAAGGGGGCACACCCAUCUUCGCCCGACGCCCAUCUGUGCUCCAGCUACAGCAGCGACCAGUGGCUAGUCGGGGAGGCGGAGUACAUAGUGAAGUUUGAGGUUCUUGCCGGCGACACUGCCGCUCAUCACAUUGCCUUGUAUGGCUGUGACGGUGAGCCAGCGAGGAACACUGAUGUGUGGAAAUGUCCUGGUGUCUGUCAGCAAGGCGCGUCAGAGGUGUUCUUGUUUGCCUGGGCACAAGGUGUCCCAUCCACACCUCUACCAGACGACGUUGGCUUUAGAGUCGGGGGAGGAUCCGCCAUCAAAACUAUUGUGUUACAGACUCACUUCCAGCAUGCAUUUAAUGAAUCUGCACCGAAAGACUUCUCCGGAAUCCGCAUUUUUAUAACACCAGAACGACAGAAAUAUGCAGCAGGAAUAUAUUUAUUGGAGAGCAUACGGUUUGCCAUACCGCCGAAUACACCCAACGCCCACGUCGACGUGAGUUGCACCUACCAGGAACCACAACCGAUCUACCCCUUCGCCUACAGAACUCACUCUCACGGUCUAGGGAAGGUUAUCGCUGGGUACAUGUUCAACAACACCUGGCAUGCGGUCGGCAGAGGCAACCAACAGUGGCCCCAGGCAUUUUAUCCUGUCAAUGGAAGUUAUAUUGUAAAGUUUGGCGACGAACUGGUUGCCCGAUGUUCCUACGACUCAAGAGGUCGCGACUCGGUCACCAACAAAGGACCUAAAGACUCUGACGAGAUGUGCCAGUUCUAUUUGAUGUACUACACCCCCUCCAGCGUGGAGAUGUCGCAGGGGCACUGCAGAGCCAACCAACACCCUGGACGUGUGCAGGACCUUCCUGCCGUCUCGGAGGUCCCUCUGUCCCAAGCACCUGGACUGGACGUUCCUCUGUCCCCAGCACCUGGACUUGACGUCACCCUGUCCCAAGCACCUGCACUGGACGUCCCUCUGUCCCCAGCACCUGGACUUGACGUCCCCCUGCCCCAAGCACCCGCACUGGACGUCCCUCUGUCCCCAGCACCCACACUGGAUGGUCGGACACGUGAGGAGCAGAACCAUCAGCAGCAAUCUACAAAAUCUGCAUCAGAGAAGAGCACAGUAAAGACGGUCACGCCAGUUGUUCCCCCUCAUCCUUUGGUGAUGGAUGCCUCCUGGCCAUCUGACCAUCUGGCCUUGGGGCAAGUAGUGGGCGUGGCCACAGAUAGGGACGGCAACGUGUACAUCUUCCACAGGGGAUCAAGAACGUGGACGGCAGGAACCUUUGACAGAGACAACAAGAUGCUGGCACCCACGCCUAUCCAAGAGGAUGUCAUUCUGGUUCUGAACAGGCAGGGAAAACUGAUCAGAAAGUUUGGCAGGAACCAGUUCUACCUGCCUCACGGCAUCGAGGUGGACUCACGGGGAAACCUAUGGGUCACCGACGCAGGACUGCACCAGGUGAUGAGGAUCCCCCGGGGCGGCACGGUGCCCGACCUGGUCCUGGGGGAGCGGCUGGUGCCGGGUGAUGACACGGGACACUUCUGUCAGCCCUCGGACGUCGCUGUCCUGGAGUCCGGGGACUUCUACGUGGCUGACGGGUUUUGUAAUGGCCGGAUAGUGAAGUAUUCCAGCAAUGGCACGUUCCUGACGCAGUGGGGCCGACCCGCCGACACCGACGACGGAGGAAAGUGUUGCUGUGGCGAAGAGUUGCCGGGGGUGUUUAACAUGGUGUCCAGCAUCACGGUGGCCGAGGACCGGGGUCUGGUCUGUGUGGCAGACUGCAUGCACGGCCGGGUACAGUGCUUUCAUCUGGAUGGGCGUUUCAGCUUCAUCAUCAGCAGUGAAGAGAUGGGGCCGUAUGUGCUGGCCACAGAAUACUGCCCCCUUCAUGGUGGCGUCCUGUUUGUCGUGAAUGGGCAUACAUCGGGUGACCAGAAGGCGACAGUCCAUGGAGUCACAGUUGCCAUAGAUACGGGGGAAGUGAUGCAGCAGUGGAAUGUCCCUGAUGGGCUACAGAACCCCCACGAUGUGACAGUGGACUCCGCGGACCACGCUGUGUAUGUGGGAGAACUCGAUCCCCACAAAGUCUGGCGCCUCAGCAUGGAUUCUCGUAAAGAAACAGCUAGAGUUGUCAUUCCUGACAAGGGGAAGGAGAAUCACGUAACCCUGGUCGUCGUGGCUGUGUUGAUAACGUUGCCGGUUGUCUGUGUCAUCACUGGCCUCAUCGUCAGCAGAUUCAUGGAAUCAGGUACAUUAUCCUGUUUCCGGGGCCGGAAAUCUUUCAAUAUGCUUGGGACGUCUCACCAAGGGUUCACACUGUUGUCCAGUGAAGACGAUGACUUCUGUACUGGGGAGGACUGACUACAUGUAAUAAACACACGAUAACCCUC